UCCACCGCUGCUACCCCUUUUGCUGCUGUUGCUUCAGAGGAGCUCUGUUUGCUACCGGAGAGGAAGCUGUGUCUCAGCACACAAAGAUUUGUGAUUUUCAUAGAAAGAGAAUCUUCAAUUUAAAUCAGAUGGUGAGGGAGCAGAAUGUCACCACCACCCAGGACAGCAGUGUCCCUGCCCCGGUCCCUGACUCCAUCUAUAAGAUCGGGAUCUACGGUUGGAGGAAGCGCUGCCUCUACCUGUUUGUCCUGCUGCUCAUCAUCAUCCUCACCGUGAACUUUGCCCUCACCAUAUGGAUCCUCCAGAUCAUGUGGUUUAACACAGAAGGGAUGGGACAUCUAAAAGUAACAUCGGACGGAGUGAGGCUUGAGGACGGCGAGUCAGAGUUCCUCUUUCCUCUCUACGCCCAAGAGAUCCUCUCCAGAGAGGACUCCUCUCUCCUGGUGCACUCAUCUGAAAACGUCACCCUCAAUGCCCGCAAUGAAAAUAAUGAUGUCACAGGAAGUCUAUCCGUAGGUCCAGAUGUGGCCCAGGGAAAUGCACAGAAUUUUGUCAUCAGCUCCAACACCAAGAUGCUGUUUUCUGCCGACGACAAAGAGGUGGUUGUUGGGACAGACAAGCUCCGAGUCACAGGUCCAGAAGGUGCCCUGUUUGAACACUCUGUAGAGACGCCCCUGAUCAAAGCUGAGCCCUUCAAAGACUUGAGGCUGGAGUCUCCAACCCGCUCUCUCAGCAUGGAUGCACCAAAGGGAGUCUUUGUCAAGGCACUGGCCGGGAACAUCGAAGCGGCAUCUAACAUGGAUGUUCUAUUGCAUUCCAGUGAAGGACUGGUGAUUCUGGAUGCCGAGACGGUGCGUCUGCCUAGUCUCCCCCUGGGACAUGGAGGGGUGUCUGGAAAUGCUCAGGGACUCUACGAAGUGUGUGUCUGUCCCAGCGGAAAGCUGUUCCUGUCCAAGGCUGGGGUCACCUCUACGUGCAGCAAAAGCCAAGAGUGCUAGCGUGUGUCUUUGCCAUCAGAUUAUACCAUGGUGAAUGAAAAUGCCUUCAUAUUGGGUACUCUGAAACACUUUCAAAUGAAUCCUCAAAAAAGCAAAAAAACAACCACAACUUUUCAUAUCUGAACAAAACUGCCAGUUGAACUGCAGACAUAUCCUCCUAAGUAAUUUAUCCAUGGUGCAUUUAUUGAAGUUUGAGAAUAUUUUACUAUGUAACUGAAACAGUGACAUGACAACUUUAUACCACAUUAAUAAGUGGCUUACUCAUGCAGUAUAGUUGUUGAUAACAUUUUAUGUUUACACUGAGUUGAGAUUAUUGUUUAUUUUAUAAUUACAGUAUUAUGGCUGGGCAAUGAGGAGCUGGUUAACAGAUUACAUCCUAUGCAAUAUGUUUUUUGUGGUGCAAUAAUAUAGGACUUUAUGUGGGCCCAAUUUCCUGGACCCAGAUGAAGCCUAGUCCACAAUGGAGAAUCUCCCAUUGAAAGUGAUUUUUAGUGUAGGCUUAAUCUGGGGCCGGGAAACCGGCCCUUAGGGUAUUAAUAUAUUGUGCAAAUGGAGAGAAAAGCAUGAUAUGAUCUAGUCUGUAGAUACACUGAGUAUACCAAACAUUAGGAACACCUUCCUAAUUAGAUUAUAGUCAGUCAAACUAAUCUGUAUAUUGGGCGCAACUUUGGUUUUAGAAGUGGGGGGAACAUAUUCUUUUUUUAUCCAGUCGGAUAAACACUCCAAACAGCC